GUCUACUCUUGUUACAUGUGUAAAUAAACCAGAAUCCGAAGUCCAAACAUGGCGAGUUCGGCACCGCGUAAACUUGUUGAAUUAUUUUAUGAUGUUGUUUCGCCUUAUUCAUGGCUAGCUUUCGAGGUGUUAAACAGAUAUAAAAACUACUGGAACAUUAAUUUGUGUUUAAAACCUGUUUUUCUUGGAGGUAUCAUGCAGAAAACAGGUAAUAAACCACCUGCCCUAGUUUCACCAGAAAAAGCCAAAUACUUGUUUGUGGAUAUACAGAGAAUGAGUAAAUACUUUGAUGUGCCAUUAAAGAUACCCUCUGACCCAUUUACUACAAUGUUCGGCAAAGGUUCAUUGAAUGCUCAACGGUUCAUUACAGUUAUCGAUAUGAUGGAGCCUAAAUUUACAGGAAAUAUUUCACAGUUAUUGUGGAUGAGAAUACAUAGCCUGGAUAAAGACAUUACAGAAAUCAAAAGUUUUCAAGAGGUUGGUGAACAAGCAGGAAUCCCACCAAAUGUUCUAACAAAAGCACUUUCCAGAAUAUCUGAUGUUGAAGUAAAAAACCGAUUGAAGGAAUAUUCUGAUGAAGCUGUAGAAAAAGGCGCAUUUGGUCUCCCAGCCAUAGUUGCUCAUGUCAACAAUGAGGAGAAGAUGAUUUUUGGUUGUGACAGAUUUCCUAUACUUGCACUAAUUCUUAAUGAACACUGGAAUGGUCCUUAUCCAGCUGUAAAUCAAAGUAAACUGUGAAAUUUAAGAAUCUUCUUUAUGUCAAUAUUCUUU